AUGAAGAAGAAGACGACGACGACGACGACGACGACUGCAACGACUGCGGGACGACGAAACUCGACGUCAAAUUCCACGGGCAUUGGCUUGUGGACCGCAUUCUUCUUCUUCCUCCGGCUUGCUUGUCCUCCGCGUCCUGUUGCUACCUCAGACCUUUUUUCUCCAGCCAUCUCGGACGACGUUACGGUUACACAAAUCAGUGCCUCGCAGAAACAAACGCUUACCGUACUUGCAACACACACGACCGCACCACAUGCCCGGCCACUCGCUGCGCCCAUAGUCAUGGCCACGUUGGGCACGCCCUCUCCCCCGUCAUCCCCCUCAAGAACCAUGCGCCGCCGCGGGUGGGCAAGAAAGGUUGAGCGGUAUUGCUGCACCGCCGUCACCUACUUUCCGCUGCUGUUUGUCUAUGGCCUGACGUCCUGGGCCAUCUGGGUCCAGGCAGGCAUCGGCUUCGUGCCUUCCAAGAAUGGUUGGACCGGCAAGUUUUCGUCCGGUCUGGGCCUCUUCUUCUACCUUAUGCUCAAUUGGAGCUACACGACCGCCGUAUUCACCGAUCCGGGCUCGCCCCUCAACAUCAAGAAUGGUUACAGCCAUCUGCCGUCGCAAGAAGGGGGCGACAUCCAAUACACGUCGUUCACCGUCAAAGCGUCGACGGGUGAAUUGCGCUUCUGCAACAAGUGCCAGUCCAAGAAGCCCGACCGGUCCCACCACUGCUCGACAUGCAAGCGCUGUGUCCUGAAAAUGGACCAUCAUUGCCCAUGGCUUGCCACGUGCGUUGGGCUGCGCAACUACAAGGCCUUUUUGCUAUUCCUCAUAUACCUCAGCUUCUUUUGCUGGGUAUGCUUUGCGACAUCUGCCACUUGGGUCUGGAGUGAGAUCCUGAAUGAUGGAACAUACACCGAGUCGUUUAUGCCCGUCAACUAUGUCUUGCUUGCCGUGCUCUCUGGCAUCAUUGGCAUCGUCAUUACAGGCUUCACUGCCUGGCAUUUGUGGCUUACAGUUAGGGGCCAAACUACCAUCGAGAGCUUGGAGAAGACGCGCUACCUGUCCCCGCUCAGGAACACAAUGAAACAUCAGCUCAACGACCGAAACUACGUCGAAGCGCAAGCAAAUGGCCGCCUGAGCAUGAGCGAGCAAUUGCGCGAGAUACACGCCAAUGCGCUCCCAGGCGUCACCCGACCCGAAGAAGGCGAGACCCCUCCUCGUACCACGUCCCGCUCUCCCGUCCCAGGCCACGCCAAUGGCUACUCGCAUCCGCAAUACCAAUCCUACGAAUACCGCGACCGUCAACAACAGCAAGACCGAUACGACAGCUACCUCGACGAGCGCGACAACGAAGCACUCCCUAAUGCCUUCGAUCUGGGCUGGAAGCGCAACAUUGGCCACGUGUUCGGCCCCUCGCCGAUCAAGUGGUUCGUGCCCAUAAGCAACACGACGGGAGACGGGUGGUCGUGGGAACCAAGUCCGAAGUGGCUGGCAGCCAGGGAGCGCAUAAAGAGGGAAAGAGAAAGAGAAGAGCAAAUACAAAAGCAGCGUGAGCGAGCUGCCAGUUGGGGCAUUGAUUCUCCUACUGAAGCAGAGUUCAGGCGUCCCACACGCGGUCCCGAAGGAUGGAUGCCUGGUCAAUACAGCCAGCCCCCGCGAGCCACACGUCGUCCCGAGUGGCAAUCACCACUCCGUCAAAGCGAACCAAACCAAUACCUUGCCCCCACCGUCGUGAGGGGAUCACUGGAAGGUCGCAGAAGCCCCAGCAAGGCCGAUCAGAUCCUGGGACGGGAACGGGGCAUGUACGCGGAUGGCGACGUGCAAUUGCAAACCAUUGACCGGAAGAAGUUUGACCAGUAUAGUUACAUCUCAGAAGACGAGGACGAUGAAUACGAGGUUUCCAGUGACGAGCAAGCGGUAGACCAGAGGAGAGCGAAACAGACGCAAAGAGCAUCUGCGCCGCCCCAAGAAACGUCGAAUUGGAAUGACAUACCCGAGGGCUUUCUGGACCCUUCACCUGCGGGAAAAAAGAGUGGACGAAGAUCGCCGAAAAAGACGGGCGAAUGGGACGAAUGGCGAGCAUAG